AACGGGUGAAUGAGAGAGAAAGACAGGUUGAGCGCAUGCACACUUGUAGUUCAAAACUAAGAGCAUGCAGCAAACUCUUUCACUCUGCACUUCAACACAGGGGUCAGUGGUUAUUGUGAUUAUGACACUGUGAAGACUUUUUCUUCUGAGCUUAGUGCUUAAGGACAUGCUAAUAAGGCCCCUGCCUUCGUUUGCUGGAGAACAGGCUGGCUCCCAAAAGAUUGUCUUAUCAAGGGUUGACAUAACUGUUCGCAAAGCCAGUUGAUAGGACAAAUGCAGCCCAAAGAAACUUCAUGUCCAGUGACACAAAAAAUGACAUUUGGAGCACAUGGGAAAUGGGUCUGUCCUGAAUGUGUUCAGCAAUCAACGGUGUACUUCCCCUGAGGCUCAGUUGUGAGGGACUGGCAAACCCUGGAAGACUGCAUGGGGAGGUGUCCACCAAUGUCACUGGAUUCAGGGCACAACGUUCCCCCCAACAUUUGGAUAUGGACUUGGCCUGGCAGGAACUGAUGGCCAUCACAGAACUUCAGGAGUUUGAGGUACCCAAUGAGAAUCCCUUUGAAGCUAUUCCAUACCUGUCCAUGGAGCCCAUGGUUUCUCAAGGUGGGUUCGGGAUGAGUCAACCGCAACCAGAAUCCAUUCCAGCCACUUGUGAUGCUCAUCCUGCUGCGGUCUAUGAAAAUGCAUACCCGGAUAUGAUGCCACCCUAUCAGCGUUUAAACCCACACAUGGAUAUGCACUACAGCCUCCCUGUCCCCGGCGGCCACGGUUCCUCCAGAAUGCUUACGAGUACGCAAGCUUUUCAUCCACCUCUCAUGAGUCUUUUGGAGCACAUGAACAUGACAACACGCAGUCAUGGUUUUGCGAAAGAUGGGGUUAUCAACCUUCAUUGCACAGGACAGAUCAAACAGGCUUGCACAGAUGAUCUGGAGUCAGAUUCUGGUUUGUCACUUGGUUCAAGCCCACCGCUUGCCUCUCCUGAGAAUGUGGUGCAUGGAGUACCUUCGUACUUACCUGCAGAUGUAAUGAUGGGUUAUGCUGAAAGCGAGAGUAUUGGGGAACAAUGUCGCAUGCGGCAGAGUUUGCUUGGGUCUGUGGACUACCACCAGUCUUACAGUUCAUUCCCUGGAACUUCUUUUCCCACAACUGCAAAUAUGCAACCAGUCAACCAGCAGACUUACCAACCAAUUGCAUCAGUGAAGCAACCGGUUUUACCCACAGCCCUGCAUGAUCUGCAAUUGAACAGCUCAGGUUUAACAAGACUGGGUUCAUAUCAAUCCAUGUACCAAAAACCAAAAUCGAGCAGCGUUUCUGUACCCCUGAGCAGAGAUGAGAGGCGAGCUCUUGCUCUCAAAAUCCCAUUCGCGCUGGACAAGAUUGUGAAUCUACCAGUGGAUGACUUCAAUGAGCUCUUGACCCAAUUCACACUGAACGACGCUCAACUGGCACUUGUGAGGGACAUUCGCAGACGAGGGAAGAACAAAGUUGCAGCUCAGAACUGCCGCAAGCGGAAGUUGGAGAAUAUUGUGCAUUUAGAAAAUGAGUUGGGACAGCUUCAAGCCCAAAGAGAACAUUUAACCAGAGAGAGACUGGAGUUUCAGCAAAACCUAGCAGUCAUCAAAUGUCGGCUCUCAGAUCUUUACACCCAAGUGUUUUCACAACUACGUGAUGAAGAGGGACACCCUUUUUCAGUUGAUGAGUAUUUACUACAACUAACUAAUGAUGGCAACGUUUACUUGGUGCCUCGGAAUACAGCCCUGGAGGGUGAAUGAACUGAUGUGCAUUUAGAAAAUUCUAAGUCACCCAUAGAUGGACAACUAAACUUUUGAGUUUCCUACACUUGACCACUUACUUGUAAUCAUUUGUCAUUAAAAAAAAUAAAUAAUAAUAAGACUAAUUUUUAGCCAAAGAAGUUUAGGACAGAACUACAAAAUGUGUAACAACAAAAAUUAAGAAAGACUUUUAAGAUUAAGGCAAUUUCAAAACUUUUAUGCAUGAUGCUGUAGGUGAUGUUAAAAAAAAAACCUGUACAUCGAUUUAAAACCUAGAAUCAGUAUUAUGUACAAAAAAAACACAUGCUUUAAGUAAAUGGGUUCUACACAAGGCAA